AUUAUGGAUAUUAUUGGUUACUGGAUAUUCCCUGAGUUUGAAAAGCAAGAUGAACUCCUUGAGUUUACUGAAAUUAAUGGACUGUAUUCUGGAGAGAACCUAGUGGAGGUUAUAUUAAAGUUACUUAAUAAACUAGAUAUUAUGUUCAAGCUCCUGAUUAUCACUGGGAAUAAUAUAGGUAAUAAUAGAAUAUUCUGUGAUAGCCUGCAUGACCAGCUUCUUAAGAAGUAUGAUAAUAAUAAUGACUGCUUUUAUAUCAGAUCUCUUAUACAGUUCCGUGGACGGCAGAGCUUUAUUCUAUGUUUUAUUCAUAUUCUCAACCUGAUUUACAAAGAUAUGUUAGCUUAUUUAAAGGCUGGCUCGGCUUGGGAAGUAAAGGUGAUACUAGAUAAUAUGGCUAUUUAUGUUAGUCCAGUGUUCAACUCUCUUUAUAGUAUGAAAGAAGUAAUUAUGAAAAUUAGGUUUCUGAUACUAGAGAUUACUCGAAGUCUAUAA